AUGGGGAGUGUUCUCAGUUAGAGCCGUGGGAUUCCGAUUGAAGGAUGCAGAAGUUCAUAUUUUGGGAAAUUUUUUCGAUCUUUUUGUUACCUUGUAAGUUAUUUAUUGUGUUAUUCAUGUGUUUAGAAACCGAAGUAUUUGGAAAGAAGGAAAAAGAAGCCUUUGGUCAUUCCGAUGGAUCCACUGGUUUUCGAAUUGUUCAAUCGUCGGCGUUCACCUCUUCAAGCGAGAUUCAAAGCGUCGGAGUUCUGUAACGGUGUAGCCUCUUGUCAAUCUCUGGUCAACAGUGUGUUCGCCUUCCCCGGCACGGCCAUCAACUGGUUCAGGAAGCUAAAAUUCAAAAAAGAAACCGAAGAAGAGGAAUGA